AUGGGUGCAUCAGGCUUAGGUUCUGGUUUAGCAAAAUGCAUUAAUCUCUCAAAUUUGAAACUUUACCUUUAUGAAAAUUAAAUUGGUGGAAUGGGUGCAUCAGGCUUAGGUUCUGCUUUAGCAAAAUGCAUUAAUCUCUCUAAUUUGACACUUGGCCUUUAUAGUAAUGAUAUUGGUGAUGAAGGUAUAUCAGGCUUAGGUUCUGCUUUAGCAAAAUGCAUUAAUCUCUCAAAUUUGACACUUGACCUUUAUAGAAAUGAUAUUGGUGAUGAAGGUGCAUCAGGCUUAGGUUCUGGUUUAGCAAAAUGCAUUAAUCUCUCAAAUUUGACACUUGACCUUUAUGAAAAUAAAAUUGGUGCCAUGGGUGCAUCAGACUUAGGUUCUGCUUUAGCAAAAUGCAUUAAUCUCUCAAAUUUGGCACUUGAUCUUCGUGGAAAUUAAAUUGGUGUAAUAGGUGCAUCAGGCUUAAGUUCUGGUUUAAGAAAGUGCAUUAAUCUCUCAAAUUUGACACUUGACCUUCCCUCAAUGAAUGUAUCGUAAAAAUUAAAAGUAAAAAGCAAGUGUCUUAAAUCAAAAAGAUUAGUUGUCUUUAAAAAAUCAUUCUUCUGA